CAUGAUUCGUAUGCACUGUUCGAACAUGGGUUCGGACCGUGCGCAGUCAGCUGUGCCGCAGCCCUCGGUGAGGACUCCCUCAUCUUCUGCGAUGACAAAACGCAGGAGCUGCACCGCCGGAGUUGGUUGUGCGCAACUACCGGCGGAGAGAACAAAGCUGCAGAAGAACUAUGUCCGGACGAAACGAUUGGGUCGCUGCUGUCUGCGUCGCACGAUUCUGACGCAAGCAACCGCGUGGUUUCGAUAGCUGCGCAUGCGCGUGGUGCCGCCGCGGUGCUAGUGAGCAGAAGUAGGAACAACACUAAGACCUCCACCUCAGCUACAAGGGCCGAGACCGAACACUCAUCGGAAACAAUAUUUCUACUUCCCGACGUUUUGCACCCCGCACCUGCCUCGGCGUCAUCUGCGGAUCGUAACGCAAGAAAACAAGCGAGAGAGCAUUAUCCAGUUCUGGAGAUUGCCGACCCGCAGUCUGUCGCUUCUGCGUAUCUCGUGUCUACUGCAACUGCGGGGCGGGAACAGACAGUGGCUGCACCACUUCCCGCGUUGAAGGCUCCAUGGGCCCCCGCGGGCGCGGAGGAGGAUACUGUGGUUUCCAUGUGCAUCGGCGCCGCCUGGGUAGACGCCACAGACCUUUUUUUGACGACGGCUGCGAGCGUGGACGACCUGUGCCUUUUUGUAGCUUUUCGUAGCCGCGUGCUCGCCUGUUUCUCCAUUCCGAAAGACAGCACGUGUAGUGCAGGAACUGCACCACGUUCGGACGCACAGCCUGCACGACCUUCUGAGCUCUUGCAGUGGGCCGUGCAACUGCCGGCGGAGCAGUGUACCACGGGAGUUAUUCGUAUGGAGGCGCCGCGCGCCGGCCUGCUGAUUGUUUCCACCGGAGCACGCGUUUUCUUGUUGCACAAGCCCAGCACCCUCGAC